AUAGGAAGUAGCUGGAAGAUGUUUCUUACUCUGACUGCUACGGUAUCGUGCUCAAGUUCGCUGAGUUUCGAUUGCUAUCCUGACAAGCAGAUGUGACGAUAUCACAGCAGAUCGUCCAAUCUGUCCGAGUGUGACGUAGGAACCUCAGAGCAAGAUGGAGAAGUUUGGAUAUUUUUCGUUUGUUCUUGGUAUCGUGACGGGGUGUCUGUGCAUUCUCAUUUUGAACAUGUACCAUAAAACGGCGUAUACCAAUAUGUUCAAAAUGCAAGUAUUUUGGAACACGAACGAUGACAUAAAAACAGGAAGAUACGAACACAGUUACUACUAUCGACAAAAUGGUACUCAGUUUGAAAUAACUCAAACAGAUCUCAUGAUCAACUUGAAGAACAAAGACUUUUACCCGAAAAGUGAGAGUGACCUCCUUUAUAGUGAAGUUCGUAUCUUAUGCAUGGUGUAUGUGAAUGGAAAUGAGCUGACGAAACUGAGUAAGGCGAUUAGCGAGACGUGGGGUUCACAUUGCAAUAAACUAAUGUUCGUCAGCAGUGGGACGGAUAAAAAACUUAACAACGUAUUACAUAUUGAUAUCCCAGAAAAAAAAGACAAGUCGUGGAGUCGUGUGAAACAAGGUUUUCGUCACGUGUACGAAAACUAUCGAAAGGACUUUGACUGGUACCUAAAAACUGACAGCAACAUCAUGAUCGUCCCGGAGAAUCUCCGAUAUAUGCUAAUGAUUCACAACACAAGUAUACCUGGAUAUUCUGGACAUGUUUUUCUAGGCGAGAAGAGUGGCUCAAGUUACGUUAUUAGUCGUAAUGCCCUGGACAAAUUGCAUCCACAGCUUGAUAAUUGUGGAGAUAUGGUCGGAGGCGCUAUAGAUGACGCAGAACUCACAAGAUGUUUACGUCACAUCGGUAUAAUUGAUAGUCAUGAUGGUAGAGAUUAUAAGCAUCAGUUAAGAUUUGAAAUGAUUGUUCCCGAUCAUAAAUUACCAUCGAAUGCAGCUACAGCUCUCGCCUUCAGUAGUAGAUAUUGGAGAUAUGUCAAAUACCCUGAAAAACAGGGACCUGAAUGCUGUUAUGAGUAUGCUAUAACAUUUCAUAAUGUCAAUCACAAUAUGUUGUACACAUUGGAAUACAUGGUAUAUCAUCUCAGACCAUUUGGUAUUGGUGGAUCCGUUUGUUCUGAUGGAUUUAGGGGCAAGCCCAGUGUUCCCCAUGACAACAAGGCUGUUGACAAAGAGGAAACGAAAGAGGAAGAAAAAAAGGUUGAAGUAAAUAAAGUCUAAUCAUGGUAGUGAUGGUCUUGAGUUAGAAGAAAAAUGAGAGAUAAAAAUGGAAUUUGAGAUUCAAGAUUUUUAGUGAAAAUCUGUGCCUCGUUUCUUUUUGAUAAUAUUAAAGUGGCGAUAGCUGUAACUGUU